AUGGCUUCCUCAUCUCCUCCGCCCUUUCUCUCCGCCCUCAUCCUCCUCUUCGUCGUCUUCGUCCUCUCGGCCGGUCCCUCCCUCUCCAUCCGAACGCCCGAGCUCGCAUCCAACGUCCCGUCGAGAGUCGCCGACGUCCACGACCUCCUCCCGAAGUACGGGUUCCCCCGGGGCCUCAUCCCCAACAACGUCAAGUCCUACAACCUUUCCGACGACGGCUCCUUCGAGAUCCAGCUCGGCCGCCCUUGCUACGUCCACUUCGACGAGCUCGUCUACUACGACAGGAGGAUCAAGGGGAAGAUGAGCUACGGCUCGGCGGCCGGCGUGUCGGGGAUCCAGGCGAAGAAGCUCUUUGUCUGGGUCUCUGUGACGGCGAUCCAGGUUGACUCGGCCUCUGGCAUGAUGGAGUUCUACGUGGGUGCCCUGUCGGAGAAGCUGCCGAUGAAGCAGUUCGAACGAAUCCCCGAAUGUAGAAGCAAGGCGUCCUUGGAAGACGAAACGGAUAAGAAGGCUGCUAUGAAGUGA